AUGGCAACGGCCCAUGUGCGAACGCCCUGGACGAAUUCCUGGCAGCGAUGGUAUACCUUUACCAGCUCCGAUGGAUUGAUGGUUAGAGUGGAGCUUCGUGGGCAAGGCGUCUGCGACGCCGACCUGCCCUCCCUCUUUCGUCACGUGGGCUUCCGGCUACAGGCCGCCGGUCCCUCCUAUGCCUUGGAUCUAUCAGAAAAUCCAGGAAUCACGGAUUAUGGCGUGACAUCUAGCCUGGUACCGUUCUUGCGGCAGUGGCCGCAGUGUUCUUCACUGAAGCUUGCUGGGACUGCCAUCGGGGACAUGUCACUGCAGGCAUUGGCCGAUUGGAUGUCCAACUCUUUCGUUAGCGAGGUGGAUCUCUCCCAAGUUGGUGGAAGCAUCACGAGCAAGGUUGCCGUCGACACGCUGCAAAGGGUAAUCUCUCGACGAAGAGCCUUGCAGAAGGACAGUUGUGAUGCGGAUGCCAAACUCUGGUUGUCUUUGGAGCUCAACAGCAUCGAGGGUGUUGAGACAGCUCUUACACAUGUAAAUGUUUGGGAUCGGAGCUGUGCUGGCUGGAAGCGCAGAUCCACAUGUAAAGCCAACAAGAUCCCAGUCAUAGAGCUUAGCCUCUAUCCGUCUAUACCCGAACCGCAUCCAUCUAACCGUGGGAAGGAGAUCUUGUCAAUUCUCAGGGGGAGCGCGUCCACCCGAAGUGUGGUUGAGCCACUCGCUCUGAGUGUGGAUGAGUUUCAGUUGUAUUGCAUGGAAGCACGCGAGGCCGCAGAAGCCGGCGCUGAUCGCAAGAACCACGAGACCUUCGGAAAGGAUUCCGUGGUAGACGGCUGGUCUUUCGAGAGGAACAUCGAAGCCAACCAACUCUUGAAGAACACCGUCCGAGUCCCAUCAAGGACGGUGGCGACUGUGCUGAAAAAUCCAAAAGGGCACGAGUCCCGCGAGAAAGAUAAAGCUGAAAAGAAAGAAAAGAAGGAGAAGAAGGAUAGGAAGGACAAGCAUGAGAAGCGUACUGACAGCCCGCAGAAUGCCGCCAAGUCUGCGGUAGAUGGGGCGGUGCGCUCCAUUCUGAAGAGUACAUCUGUGCUUCAUGCUAGCGACUUCCGCGGCAACGUGAGGGAGUGGCUAGUGGCAAUCCAUAGGACAGGCGGUAACAAGGGUGUCGCCGAAGCUGCAGAGCUGAUUAAUGCCACUGUGGCUGGCAAGCGACGCGAAGACGUGACGAAGUGGACCGGAUAUCUCAGCAAGCUGCUCGAGAGGUUCCACACGCAACUUCGGCCCACUGUUGUGCAGUUGCAGUGA